AUGUCACCUAGUAAUAACAUCCCGGGGACAGUUCACCUCGUGGAUCUAGACCAUACCAUGCGCGCUCGCCAUGCUGGUGGCAGUGGUGACAUUGUUCUGGAUCCAGCGCCAUCUAAUGACCCCAACGAUCCUCUCAAUUGGUCCCCUGGUCGGAAGCUGCUGUCGCUGAUCUGUCAGAAUCUGUACACCUGGUUUGUUGGUAUCUCCGUGUCGACUGUUUACUCGGUUCUUGUCCCCCUUUCUAAGGCGACCGGAGUCUCCGUCACCACACUUAACCAAGGAACCGGGUACAUGUUUCUAUUUCUCGGCUGGGGUUUGCUUUUCUGGCAGCCGUUUUCUCUGAGAUAUGGGAAACGAUUGGCAUUUCUUGUUUCGACCGCUGGAAGCAUUGGGACAUGUAUCUGGGGUGCAUAUGUCAAAAGCAACGGCGAAUGGAUUGCGAAAUGUAUCCUGCAAGGUUUCUUCACUGCUCCGAUCGAGGCACUCCCGGAGCUUUCCGUAACUGACUUGUACUUUACCCACGAACGUGGUACUUACAUGGGCAUCUAUGCCUUUACCUUGGCAGGCAGCAACUACUUUGCUCCCGUCAUCUGCGGAUUCAUCGCCGAGUAUCAGGGAUGGCAAUGGGUUUUCUACUGGCCAUGUAUUUUCCUGGGAGCGGUAUUUAUAUUCCUGGCCUUGUUUAUGGAAGAGACCAAUUACAAUCGCAAAACAACUGUAAGUUCCGCGGAGACUGGCUCGCCAAAUACAGAACCGCCUCAAGAAGAGAAAGCCCCAGUUACCAUGCCGACGCAUGGAAUGACUGAGAUCGGCGAGGUCUACGCGCCAUCCAAAUCGGCCAUUCAGAAGAUGUCUAUUUGGCAUCCAAACCCUGGUCAAAAUAUGCUCCACCAUGCACUCCAAAGCUUGAGGUUUCUUGGAUGGCCAGUUAUCUUCUACGCUGGAUUCUCCUACGGUUCCUAUCUUAUUUGGUUCAAUGUUCUCAAUGCUACAUCCUCCAUUAUUCUUUCCGGCGCGCCCUAUAACUUCGGCUCGUCUAUGGUUGGACUUAGCUAUUUAUCAUGCUGCGUCGGCGUUACUGUAGCUUCGUUUGUUUCUGGUCGGCUGAGUGAUUGGCUCACAAUCAAGCUUGCGCGUCGGAAUAAUGGUAUUAUGGAGUCCGAAUUUCGCUUGUGGCCUUUCGCUAUCUGCGUUAUCCUGGUGCCAUUCUCCCUGAUUCUUUGGGGUGUUGGGGCUCAACAUGGUGUCCACUGGUUCGGACUAAUUGUUGGCAUGGCGGUCCUCGCUUUUACAAAUACAAUGGGAAUCACACUGAGCGUCAACUACUUAGUUGACAGUUACCAUGAUAUUAGUAGUGACGCUCUGGUUACUGUCAUCCUUGUACGGAAUACCAUGUCAUUUGCCAUCAGCUACGGGAUCACACCAUGGCUAACAAAUCUGGGAUACCAAAAUUGUUUCGUCUCAGCGGCGUUUAUCGGUAUGGCAGCGUCAUCAGUAUUCUUUGUCAUGAUCAAAUUCGGAAAGGGGUUCAGAGUUCAGAGUGCCAGCAAGUACUGGGGUAUUGUCAACAGUGAAAAGUGCAAGUUGGCCGUUGAGUAA